AUGAGCGCUUGCGUGACGGGGACGGCGUCCGCUGCUCUGCUAGGUGUGGGGGAUCUCUGGGCGUCGGAGGUGCUCGAGGGAUGUGCGCGUGCUCACUACACCCCCCGACAGGAGCUGCUGGGGAUUCUGGCUCCACCGUCACGCUCUACCGCCACCGGUGCCACUCCCAUCGAGUCGAUUGUCGAGGCAUCGGGAGCAGCAGUGGAGGAUGGUCGUACGCUGAUCGAUGUGGAUGCGGAGGAGAGUAUGGAUGGGUACUCCCAUGCUGCCUCUCCGGACUCCGUCGGGGAAGCAGUGGCGAAUCAGCCGUCUCUGCACCCUAUCGAGGGCGGCGCGCUCUCCGAUGAGAUGCAGGCGCUGCGCGCGGUCCUGCCACCUGCACUGAUACGCAAGGCGUACCGCUUGAACACGCCAUGCAUGACGAAGCACACAGCCAAGAAUGAGCGUCUGGUGAACUGCACGGCGUCGCCGCGGUGCAUGGCGGGGCUCCAGCUGCUUGGCAGCGACGCUGCCACGCGCGAGGACUGCUUGAAGGCGUUAAUGGGGGACGGUCCGUAUGUGGUGCCGCUGCCCACGGUGAAGUGCAGCAGCGUAACGACGGUGAAUGCCGACCCCGCGUCCUCAUCUUCCGCCCCGACAGGGCGCGAACAGGGCGGAGCGCGAGCCACGAAGAGCACUCGCGAAGACUUAGCAGAGGCCACAGGAAGCGCGACGGCUGCCGGCGACGCCACCGAGAGCACCGUCAUGAGCGACCCGGCUUUCCCUUGCCUGUGGCGUGGCGUGCGCAACUUGAUGAACACGUGCUACUUCAGCGCCGUGCUACAGCUCAUCUUCAGCAUCGCCCGGGUGCGCCACGCCAUCCUUAACGACGACGCCGCAGCGCACGACCAUCCCUGCGCGGCGGCCACGGAGGCGCAAGGCGGCACCGGCGUUAACCAGCUGGCCGAGUCGGGGCUCAGGGAGCUCUUUGCAUUAAUGGCCUUCAGCCGUGAAGGCGCCGGCGCGGACCCGAAGUCGUUCGCCACGUACCUUUCCCUUGACGUGAAGGUGCAGCAGGAUGCGCAGGAGUUUUUCACCUUGCUGCUGGACUGGCUGCGGUGCCAUUGCGGCCCAACGGUGAAGGCUGCCGUCACCAGUACCUUCUCCGGAACGCUGCUGUACGACCGGCGGUGCGGCUCUUGCGGCCGGUCCUCCAAGCGAGCGGAGCCGUUCCUGUAUCUCUCGCUACCUGUUUGCCCCACCCUGGAGGACUCCCUGUCGGAGUUCUCGAAGCCGGAGGCGGUGGACGGCUUUAUGUGCGAGCAAUGCGGCCACACGGCGGUGGCCACGUCGCUACAAUAUAUGCGGACCCUGCCAGACGUGCUCGUCAUCCACUGGAACCGCUUCGAGUUCGACCUGCAGUCGCUGCAGCGGCACAAGGUGACCACCACCACCACCUUCCCUCUGCAGCUCGACAUGGCGACGUACAUGCGCCAGUGGCACGAGCAGAAGCGGAACACCACGUCUAGAGCCGCUGGCGGUGAGAGCGUGGCGUCAGAGGAGAGCGACGCCCACCACUUGUACGAGCUGCGCGGUGUCGUGAACCACCUCGGCGACACCGCCGUAUCCGGCCACUACACCUACCACGGGAAGGUCUCCGGCGUCUCGGCGGAGCCGGGCAGCAGCGGUGGUAGCAGAGGCAGCUCGUGGCUGAGCUUCAACGACGCAGAUGUGUCCAAGCUGAACCGCUACCAAGGGCAGCGCGGCGCGUCGCCAGACGCUUACCUGCUCGUGUACCACCGCAUCGCCACAUCGUCCUCAUCUCCCAGUUCUGCGUCGGUGUCGGCGCCGCCCAACACGGGCAAAUCACCACAGUUGCAGCCAGUUGCUCCCGUUCCGUCCACCAGCGCCACCCCCACCCCUGCGGAGUACCCCGUGUACUUGCGUCAGUACGUUGAUCGCGUGAAUGAUGACUGCCUUACCAAGCGCCACAACUGGAUGGAGCAGCGCGCGCAGGCAGCGGCGCUGUUCGACUUAUGGGCCACCGCCGCGAAGGCUGUGUUUGAGAGUGCCACGAGCGCCUCGAGUGCCCCGGCGUGGAUAUCGACCGCGACGACGGCCACAUCGUCACUGUACGUCCUCCCCACCCGCUGGCUGCAGCACUUCGGCCGCUUCUUCUUGCCUGCCUACGUGGACGCGGCGGCGCUCGGCGGCGGUGCCGAGUCGAAGCUGAAGCGCAGCAAGAGGGACUUGGACGCCACCGCAGGCCCGGCGAGCGACAGUGUCGACGCUGCGCUUUCGAGCGGUGCUGCUGGUAUUGACGCGAAGCCGCUUGUUGUCGGGUCCGAGGAAGGCGCCUCGGGCAGUGGCGCUAGCGCUGCGGUUGAGGGGACCGUGGUGACUGCCACGGUGAGCCCCCUCCGCUAUGGCCACAUGCAGACUGCUGAAGAGGUUCGUCAGCAAGUGCGCCAGUACUCGUUGCUGCAAGCGUUGCCCUCGGUAACCUGUGCGCACGGCUGUGUGUUGCCCUGGGCAUCGUACAAGGUGGUAUCGGCAUCUGCGUACUCAAAGCUGGCCCAUUUUCUCGCUGUCUGCGGCUCGCCCUUGCCAGUGGCGGCGAACGGCGACAGACCUGCAUCGCCCUCCACACCGGGGUCGUCGAUGACGACCCGCUUGCGCGAGUCGUUGGCUGGCGGCGGCGCCGCCUGCGGCCCUCAGCUGUGUUGCACCCUUAUGGAAGCCAACCUGUGCCCGGUCUGUGUCGCUGCCAUGGCCGCCGGCGUGCGGGCGCUCGCGUCGCGCACGGCGGAGGACGAGGAGGCGGAGCUCAGCCUCACCCGCGCGUGGGAAGAGGCGGAGCGGCCGAAGGGGCACGCUGCAGGCGAGGAGGGAGACGAGGGCGACAGCGGCGCGGGACCCGGAGCCGCCACGUCAACUGCAGUGACACAGAGCACGCAGCAGCAGGAGGCUGAGGAGAAGAGGGAGGAUGGGCAGCAGCAGCGCGUGCUCGUCAGCAAGACCGUCGUCGAGGCGUGGGCUUCGUUCUACACGAAUCAGCUUGCCUGGGGACGCGUGCGGCAGGCCGAAGGCUACACGGGUGUGCUGGUUAUGUGUGAGGCGCGUGUGGCGCCGCCGCCGUUACCGGCGUCGUUGUCGUCGCCGUCGACGACGUUGACGGCAGCAGCGGUGACCGCCCCCGCCUCUUCCGCCUCCUCUUCGGCGUCUCCUGCGGUGCCCGAGACGGUCUCGAUGUCUAUCGCGAACCCUGACCACCCGUUCAGCCUGGCCACCCUCAACGUGGACCGCGGCGACUUGAACCUGUCGGUGUACCUGGUAUGCCCGCACGGUGCCCUGCGCCCUGGUCAGAAGGUCGUGGCUAUCCCAGACUCCUUGCGCCGCUACUGGGUGCACCGCUUUGUGGAGGUGCUCACGAUGGCGCAUCGCUCUGGUGCCCUGCGCACGUCGGACCCGCACUGGAGCGUGAACAAGGACGACGUGGAACACUACUUUCUUCCGCUCAUCCCUGCCUCGGAAACAAGCACGACGUGCCAGGAGUGCAUGCGGUCAAGCGUGCAGCAUCUGACCUCGCGCCACCAGCAGCGCAUGAAGAGGAUGGAGGAGCGCAAGCGCUACCCAUCGCUGUGGCUUGCCGGAGCCAUGACCUGUCCCGCUGGGGUCGCGCAGCUGCUGCUCGCUACCGGGGCGGAGAACGAGGAGCAGCUGCUCGCUGCCCAGCACCCGAAUCGGCUUUUCUUCAAGCAGCACGGCGAGCGCGAGUACCGUGAGUACGUGAAGAAGUGGGUAGAGGCGCACCAGCAGCGAGUGGCCCAUCAGUCAAGCGAGGUGCAGCGACUGCGCACAUCACUGAUGAAGAAGCGGCAGCGCGACGCCGCCUGGAAUGCGAGCGUGACGAUGCGGCGCAGUGGGGGCGGCCGUAGUGGUGGGCGGGGUGCAGGCGCAACGAACGUCCCUUCCUCGCCUGUGGCUCCGUCGCCGCCAGAAACGGCAACUGCAGCAGCGGCGCCGCCAGAGCCGCAGACGCUUGAGGGCCGCUUGUAUUACGCCGAGGAGGCGCUGGAGAAAAUGACGGCGCAGACGGUGCCAGACUGCACCGUCGCGUAUGGCUGUGUGCCGACGUGGUGGGUGGCGCGGUGGUACGCGGCGAUGCAGAGCGAGGGCAGCAAGUCUGACGCCGGCAAAGGCGGCGAUGAUGCGGACGACGAGCCCAUGCUGGCACUGCCGCGAAUCUCAUUCGAAACAUUCAAGUGCGCGCACUCGGAGAGCCUGCUGGAGGUGUCGUGGCUGAACCCGUCCGAUGGCUUCUGGCAAGGGGCGCGGGCGAAGCGGGCCGAGUUGCUCUGGAGCGGUGUGCGGGCGGAGCGGGCCGGUGCGUCAUCUGCGACUUCACCGCCGACGGGCCCCACUGAGGCGGAGUACCGCAGUCAGUGCUGGCUACCACCCAUGGUGAUAUUGCCGAUGGAUGAGUAUGUUGCGUUGCUGGCACAGUACGGCGAGCCGGGGAUGCUGGAGCGUGUGGUGUCGUGGACCGGCGGCGUCACGGGCGCGGCCACUGCUGGGGCAGCAGUGGGAGGUGCUGAGCCUCGCGCGGAGGUGACGGACGUGGACGCGGAGACGGCGGAGGAUGUGGCCUCGGCAGAGGCAGCGAAGAAGCCAACAGAUCCCUCUGCAGCCUCGGCAGGCGACUGCACGGCUGCGUCCCUGUCGACGCCGUCACCGCCCGCAGCGACGCCGGUGCCGAAGUCUCGUGCGCAGACUGUUCCCGUGGCGGCCGCCGUCAUUCAGGUGCGCUUUCACAACGGUGCGCGCCAGCUGUGGCCCUCUACUUGUGCGCAGUGCUGCGCUGCAAUGCUCGCCAAAUUUGACGCCCAGUGCGAGUCCUUCCUGAAUGGCUCGUUGAGGCUGCACAUACAUGUGAAGAAGAGCCGCAAGAACUACUACGACGCGGUGAGCGUGCUGACCUCGGCCGCGGUGCAGCACGCCGGAGGCAGCGCUGCGAAGAGUGUGAAAGGCGGCGGCAGCACCACCGCCACGGACGCCGACGCGAUCCCUGCGGGGAUUCACUAUUACACUACACUCAGGCAACUUAAGAUCUAUAUAAGUGCUCACCUGCGCGAGAAGCACGGAUACCUGGUGCCCGCCGAGGUGCUGCAGAUUGGGCGCGGAAAAAACAAGCCCUUGAAGCGGUGCUCGACGCCACCACACGCCAUGGAGGCGUCGGGCCACCACACUCGCGGGACCGCUUCGACCUCCGCCACCGGCGCGGAGGAUGCGCAGCUCGACAAUGCCACGCUGCAGGAGCUGGGCAUCCGCGACGGCGAGACGCUCUCGGUGCAGUCGGUCGACAUCAUCGCGCAGACGUGCGCCACAACGGCAGCGACCGACGAGGAGUGGGAGGCGAUUCCGCCGGAGCUGCUGCAAGCCGGCGCUUGCGGUGGCGCAUCUGCCGCGUCCGUCGUCCACGAGCACACGGUGGCGUUCCGUGAGACGCGACUCCAGGGCAGCCAUGGCGGAUCCAUAAUGGCAGCAUCCCCUGCUGCCAACACGGCUGCAGCCGGUGCCGUUGCUGCGGCGCCUACGGUCGGUGCCUCACUGGCCAUGGCGGAGCAGGGCGUGUCGUGUCCCGUGUGCACCUUUCUCAAUGCGCCUGAUAUGGUGGUGUGUGAGAUGUGCGAGGCCCCGCUACCGAGUACGUAG